CACGGGGCUGCUAACGGCGCGCAGAGCGCAGUGCGGAGCCCCAUUGGUUAGCCGUUCUUCCCAGGGCGCGUCCCGCGCGGGCUCGGCCGACGGGCUCUAGGACCCAGCGUGGGCGGCGCGAGGCUAGUCGGGGGCCGUUGGAGUCGCGCCGUCUGCGGCUCGAGCGGUCGCGUGGCGCGGGUUCGCGGCCCGCCGGGGACCCGUCACUGCCUCCGGACGCCGUCGCUGGGGGGCACCGUGGCCCGGCGCGGGCGGCGCACGACGCGCGUGGGCGUGUCCGUGCGGGGCCGCGCGCCCCGCCCCAGCCCGACGCGCUCGGUACUGGCCCCCAACCCCCGCGCCCGCGACCUGGCGGGUGGGCCGGGCCCGACGGGCAGCGCCGGGCGCCAGAGCCGCGCGCGGCCAGGCAUGCCGGGAGCCCCGCCGGCAACCGUCGCCCCCGCCGCGCCGGCCGCCCGCGGGCGCCCAUGAGCCUCCCGGGGGAGAUGAAAUUCCCCUUCUCGGUGCUGGCGUCCGUGUUCCUGUUCCUGGCCGAGACGCUGGUGGCCUUCUACCUGAGCAGCACCUACCACCGCGCGGGGGACGGCAUCUGGCGCUCGCUCACGCUCAUCUUCUCGCUCGUGCCCUGCGCGCUCGUGCAGCUCACGCUCCUCUUCGUGCACCGCGACCUCAGCCGGGACCGGCCGCUCCUGCUGCUGCUGCACCUGCUCCAGCUCGGGCCCCUGUACAGGUGCUUCGAAGUCUUCUGCCUCUACUGUCAGUCCGGACAUAAGGAAGAGCCUUAUGUCAGCAUCACCAAGAAGCGGCAGAUACCAAAAUAUGGCCGCUCACAGGAGAUUGAGAAAGAAGUGGGCCAGGCAGAUGGCAAGCUAUUCACUCAUCGAUCUGCAUUCAGCCGAGCAUCAGUGAUCCAGGCUUUCCUGGGCUCAGCCCCCCAGCUGACCCUGCAGCUGUACAUAACCGUCUUGCAACAGAGCAUCACUGUCGGAAGAAGUAUCUUCAUGUUCCUAUGCCUGUUGUCCAUUGUAUAUGGAGCUUUGCGCUGUAACAUCCUAGCCAUCAAGAUCAAGUACGAUGAAUACGAGGUCAAUGUGAAGCCCCUGGCCUAUGUCUGUAUCUUCCUCUGGAGGAGCUUUGAGAUUGCCACGCGAGUCGUGAUCCUGGUCCUGUUUACCUCCGUCAUGAAGGCCUGGGUAGUUAUAGACGUGGUCAUCAACUUUUGUAGCUUCUUCUUUUACCCUUGGAUCAUCUUCUGGUACAGUGGCUCCCCGUUCCCAGAGCACAUCGAGAAGGCCCUCAGUCGGAUGGGCAUCACAUGCGUACUAUGCUUCCUCACCUUUCUCUAUGCUGGAAUCAACAUGUUCUGCUGGUCAGCGGUGCAGCUGAAAAUCGACGACCCUGAUCUCAUUAAGAAGUCACAGAGCUGGUACCAGCCACUGAUGUACUACAUGCUGAGAUUCAUUGAAAACGCCUUCCUUCUCCUCAUGUGGUAUCUUAACAAGACCGACAUCUACAUGUAUGUCUGUGCCCCUCUGUUGUUUCUUCAGUUGCUCAUUGGGUAUUGCACUGGCAUUCUAUUUAUGAUGGUAUUCUAUCAGUUCUUUCACCCUUGCAAAAGGCUCUUUUCCUCCAGUGUUUCUGAAGGCAUUCAGGAGUGUCUAAGAUUUAUUUGUUGUAAAUUCAAGGAGCAGACACCCCAGGAGACUACAAGAAGUAUAGUUACAAACCCACCCACAGACGGGGAUGAGCUACCUUCAUGUAGUACUUUAGAUCCUCCUCCUGCCAUUUAAACCAAGGAGUACAGCUCUGCUUAAUUGGACCCAAAUCUCUGGGCAUACAGAUAUAUUGUUUUCUGGGAUGAACCCUUUCCAUCACGCAAGUGAUAAGUUUUGCAUAGAUAACAAAACAGGAAGGUAGUUUCAACUCUUCCUUCUGAGUUGCUCCCCUUUACAGAGACCCCUUAGGUAAGUGGGAGCAAUGGAGAAAGUGAGUUUUGGAGGGACAGCCUAGGACAGCAUCAUUCACAGUUGACCAUUCACAUUUCUCACCUUUACACUGGCAUAUUCAAGUUGGGCUAGUUAGAUAUAGCAAGUAGAAUGAGGACAGAAGUUUUGCUUUCUAGUUUUCUAGAUUGCUUGUCUAGAUAGCCUAAUGUUUUCUUUAUGCUUUACACCUAAUAACUGUCAUGAUGACCAGAUGUUGUUACUGGGGUCUUGUUGUCAACAACAUCAUUCCUAUCAGAGUUUUCAUGGAAGGCUGUCAGUUUUGUUUCUGAAUAGCCAUAUGUUACAUGUUUAUCUCAUCUUAGGGUUUUGUCUACAUAAUCAGCUGUUAGCUGUCCUGGUCUGCUCUGUUUCAGAGGUCUAGACUUGAAUGCUUCAUCUACAAGCAUCAAUAGUUAUAAAAAUUGAAUAUUCCAGUGGAAGCCCUGGAAUUUUAGGAAAGUUGUCUCCCUACAACAUAUUUAAGGAAUUCUGGAUGCAAGAGGGUUGUGGAAGCAUAAAAUGCUAUAGAUUUUUGUUCUUUCCUUUUCAAGAUAGAUAAAAAUGUGAAUCUGCAAGAAGGUAGGCUUAACUAACUUCCUUAAGUUUCAGUUCUCUCCUUUAAUACUAUGAAAUUUCUCAUAGAAUUUGCUAGGAUUAUCCUUUUUUAGGAAGGAAGAAAUACAACUCUUGAUCUUAACUUCCUCUUCCUUACCUGUCAGGAAUGUUUCAGAUAAAGAGUUGCCUUAGUUGACAUGUACUUUUCUAGAAAACUUUACAAAAAAUCUCUCACCUUGCAUAGGUAUGUAGGGCAUUUUAAUUUUCAUCAUUUUAAAUGAAAGGGUUUUCUUCCAUCUUUCAUCCACUUAUCCCCAAUUGAAGAGUCACUUCAGAAACUUUAAAAUUAUAUAAAAUAUGAAAUUAUUAGAAGAAUUUUUGUCUUUAAAUGCAUUUUAGUUUGGCAUGAUUGUGAGCUAAUUUGAAAAAAGAUUUCCUGUUUAAUCUUUGCCACACUCUUAUCUUCUGUAUAAUUUCUGCUUUCAUCUGGAACCCUGUUUGUUUCACUAAGGGACUAUGCAGCAUAUCCUCAGCAGUUUUGGUGGGAACCAGGAUCCAGUGUCAUUAUUUCUACCAUUAAUAUUUUAAAAGAAAUACUUGAAACAGACCUCUCAUGAACUAGUCUGAACAUUAUAGGUCAGUCAGGUUUGCUAGUCUGAGGAAUCAUAAUGGGAGGGGUGGAGAGAUGGUAGUUCCCAGCCUUGACUUGGAGACUGUCUCAAGAAUCACUCUAAAAUCAUGACCUUCAAACACACUUAAAUGAGUUUAACAUCGAAGUUUGGUAAGCUCUUCAGUAACCUCAAACCAAACUGGUGGUGAUGAUAUGUCAGACUUUUCAAGCCCAAUUAUAAGCCGCACUUGCAAGGACAAAGGGACAAAGGUAAAUAAAUGGUCCAUUUUCUGGUUUUUUGCUUUUUGACAUAGAGAUUCCCCUACCUUGGAGUCAUCCUUUUAUGUCCAUUCACUUUUGGGGGGGAGAAAAAGCAAUGUCCAUUCUUUUGCUCAUGGUGAAACUGCUAAUUUUUGUUGCUUAUAACUCUGAAAUAGCAGAAUAUUUGUUUAGGCUGAGAGCUGGUUGCAGGGAAAACAAAUCAAUUUCCCUCAUGUUUUGAGAGUUAAGAUGUGUUUUUCAGUUAUGAUUCUCAUUUUUAAAAAACUCUUAGUACGUUGUAUAAUUAUAUGCCGUAACUUGUCAUGCCAACUACUCCAACUGAAUCACUAUCAUUUGGCUAGAUGGAGGUGAAAAUUUCUUUGAAAUAGAUUGAAAUAAGAUCAUCAAACAUGUUUAGACUUUGUCUUUUCAUUACUAGAGACAGCACAUUUUGUUACUGGCGAUAAUAGCAUUUCCCUAUCCAUGCCCACAAGUUGCUUAAUUGCCCCAUGCCUGAGUCUCCUCACCUACACCAUCCCAACCUACCUCAUAAAGUUGUUUGAAAGAUAAAUUUUGAUAAAAGGUGUGAAAACGCUCUAUGAAAGUAUUUUAAAGUAUCUUGUCUAUUUAAGGAGUUGUUAGUAUAAAUGCUUCAGCUCCAUUAAUGUUAUUAUUUAUUUGGCUGUUAGAAAAGAAGCAAGUAGCAUCCUCUGUGUGAAUGUCAUGAGUGAAUUUGUAGGCCUUCAGGUCUAUAGAAGGCAAGUAUAAAUGGUCUUAGUAGUUACCCCUUCUCUUAGUAUUAGUUGCUUGUUAAAAUUUGCAUUCAACACAUGGUACUUGAAGGAAAAACAGCCCACUGUAGUCUAAGAAAUCACUUUUGCUGGGAAACGAAUUUAUCAUCUUCAUAUCUGUUGACUUUUGUAAAGGACAUAACAGCAUCUUUUGAAAAUCGUGGCUUAUAUAGCUUGAAUGCCUAAUAUGCUAGACUAUAAUCGAAUACGGGUUUAAUCUUUUCAGCCUUGUAAAUGGUAAAAUAAACAUUAUAAUUGAUUAUCAAACAUAGUACUUCCUUAGAAACAACUUUAGGAUAUUAAUGCUGUGGUUAUGAAUGUAUGUGUUGCUUCAUUUCAGCCAAUAAAUUGUUAAUGUGAGUUUUUGCUGGCUGUUUUUCUGCAGUCAUUGACUUGAAUAAAUAUUUUUGUUUCUUCAUAUAAUAAAUUAAUUUUUCAAUUUC